AGAAUCGGGGCCGGGCGCAGGUGGAUCUGGCCGCAGCUGCCGAGGGAUGGAGCGGGCCGGUAUCGCCGAGCCCCGCCGCUGAUCUCGACUUUCUCUCCGCCGCGAAGGACAAAAGCGUCGCGGGCUUGAUGGGCGCGGGAGCAGCCGGAUCGCUAGUCCGCGCGGAGCCGUGGAUGUGAGCUCCCCAGGCGGGCUCGACGGGUCUCCCGGUGCGCUCCCUGCCCGAGGGAGGCGGCCGGCGGAAGGAGAGCCCACCCAUGCCCGGACUGCACCCUGCGCUGGGCAGCAGCAGCAGCAGCAGCAGCGCCACUCACGACGCCGAUUCUCUUUUCUCCUCCGCAGAUGGAAUUAAAGGGCGAGCGGCAGACGGCGAGAAGGGCGUGAGCGCCGACGGCGACCGCGGCGCCUCCAGCCAAGCCGCCGUGAAGCUCUGUGUCUCCUUGCGGGUCCCCCAGACCAUCCCCAUGGACCUGCGGAUUGGACAGCGUCUCGCCAAACCUGGCCCUGACACUGCCUUGCUGGCCUUGAAGCAGACGCAGCAGCUGCAGCACCAGCUCUUCCUGGCUAGUUUGCACCCCCGACUGGAGUACCAGCAAGUGGAGCAACUCGCCCACCAGCACCUGCGGGUGUCGAUGGAGCCACCGCCUCAGGAUCCCGUGCCUGGGAAGCAGGAACAGGAGCUGCGGCUGCUCUUGAAUAAAGACAAAAGCAAACGCAGUGCUGUAGCUAGUAUGGUUGUGAAGCAGAAGCUGGCUGAGGUCAUCCUGAAGAAGCAGCAGGCCGCUCUGGAAAGGACCAAUGCACCAGUCAUUACAUACAGAUCUUUGGAACCGAUGGAACAUGAAGGCCCAUCCAACCCUGCCCUCCCCAGUUUCUUCCCUCCUGUCUCCAACAGCUCCGGAGACUCCCCAGAGCACUUUCCACUGAGGAAAACAGCAUCUGAACCCAACCUGAAGUUGCGCUACAAGACAAAGAAGGCCGGCGAGCGGCGCAAAAACCCACUGACGCGCAAGGAGAGUGCACCCCCUUCCUUGAAGAGGCGCCCGGCAGAAGCCAUUGAUUCAUCUCCCAGCAGCAGCAGCACCCCAGUGUCUGGGUGCAGUUCACCCAAUGACAGCCUGGUGCCAGAGCACGGAGCCCUGCCAGCCGCGCCAGGGCUUGCACAAGAGACACCCCUUGCUCAGCGCCUGAGAAUGCAGGAGAGCUCAUUGGCUCAGUUUGCUCUUCAGACCACUGGCUCCCUCCCAGCGCUCACCCUUGGACUUCCGACCACUUCUGCAGCAUCUGCCAGGGGCGAUGGAGAUCACCGGACACACCCAGGCCUUGCACACAAGGUGCCUGUCCUGACUAGCACUCAUGCACCCGUUUUCCUGCCAACCAGCUUGGAGCAACAUGAGCCUGGGAACCCACUGUCCACUCGGCUGCAGCCUGUUAUAAUCUUGGAGCCCUCUCUCCCCCAUUCUCCUCUUGUGACAGUUCCAGGGCUGGGAACGGUCCCUUUCCACUUCAGCCGCUCCCAGCUGCUUCCCCCAGAGCGAUUGUCGAUGCCUACGCCCCACAAGCCCUUGGGAAGGACACGCUCAGAGCCUCUGCCGUCCAGCCCCAGAGCUGUCCAGCAACAACUGGCCUACCAGCAGCACCAUGCGCUCUUCCUGGAGAGGCUGAAGCAGCAGACCCAGCUGGGCAAGCGCAUGGCCAAGUCCAGCGAGAAACCGCGGCUGCAGCAGAUCCCCUCUUCAGAAGACAUGGAGGCAGAGGCAGGAGAAGAUCCGAGCGGCCCACCCCAGGCCCAGGCGGAGCCUUUGCCAGCAGGGGGAAGCAGCAGCAAAGAGACAGAAAGUCGCUCCCGGUUGGGUCAGCCUCAGGAGGAGCAUGUCCUUCAGCAGGCCCAGUACGUCUGGGAGCAGCAACAGCGCAUGCAGCAGCAGCAGCUCCUGCGGAGGCAGCCUGACUCGCUGCUCAUAUCGGCAAGCCGCGGCUCCCACCGGCCGCUCUCCAGAGCUCAUUCGUCACCUGCCCCUGCCACUGCGUCCCACCUGAGCCAGGACACAUCUUCCAAGGCAAUCCCCCUGCCGGUGCAAGAGCAGUCGACCAAGCCACGCUUCACCACAGGCAUCGUGUAUGACUCAGUCAUGUUGAAACAUCAGUGCUCAUGUGGGGACAACAGCAACCACCCUGAACAUGCUGGCCGCAUCCAGAGCAUCUGGUCUCGCCUGCAAGAACGUGGCCUACGCAGUCAGUGUGAGUGUCUGCGGGGUCGCAAGGCCACUCUGGAGGAGCUGCAGUCCGUCCACACGGAGCGCCAUGUGCUGCUGUAUGGCACCAACCCCCUCAGCCGCCUGAAGCUGGACAACGGGAAGCUAGCAGGAAUCCUUUCCCAGCGGAUGUUUGUCAUGCUGCCCUGUGGUGGGGUUGGGGUGGACAGCGACACCAUCUGGAACGAGCUGCACUCCAGCAAUGCGGCACGCUGGGCAGCUGGCAGCGUCACCGAACUGGCCUUCAAAGUGGCCAGCAGGCAGCUCAAGAAUGGCUUUGCUGUUGUACGACCUCCUGGACACCAUGCAGACCUCUCAACGGCAAUGGGCUUCUGCUUCUUCAAUUCAGUGGCGAUUGCAGCCAGGCAGCUUCAGCAGAAAGGGAAAAUCAGCAAGAUUCUUAUCAUAGACUGGGAUGUUCACCAUGGCAAUGGGACUCAGCAAGUGUUCUACAGGGACCCAAAUGUCCUCUACAUGUCUUUGCAUCGCCAUGAUGAUGGCAACUUCUUCCCCGGAAGCGGAGCAGCUGAGGAGGUGGGCUCUGGUGCUGGAGAGGGCUUCACCGUCAACGUUGCUUGGACAGGGGGCCUCGACCCACCCAUGGGGGACCCCGAGUACUUAGCUGCUUUCCGGACUGUUGUGAUGCCGAUAGCCCAUGAGUUCUGUCCGGAUGUGGUGCUGGUGUCCGCAGGCUUUGAUGCAGCUGACGGCCAUCCGCCCCCACUGGGAGGCUACAAGGUCUCAGCCAAAUGUUUUGGCUACAUGACCCGGCAGCUGAUGAGUGUGGCUGGAGGUGCUCUUGUCCUUGCCUUGGAAGGUGGCCAUGAUCUGACUGCCAUCUGCGAUGCCUCAGAGGCCUGUGUCUCUGUCCUGCUGGGCAAUGAGCUGGAGCCUCUCCCUGAGGAAACCCUGCAGCAGAAGCCCAGCGCCAAUGCAGUGCGCUCCCUGGAGGCAGUGAUCCGGGUACAAAGCCAGUACUGGAGCUCUGUGCGGCGCUUUGCCCCCACUGUGGCCUAUUCGUUCCUGGAAGCGCAACACCACGACACAGAAGAGGUGGAGACGGUGACAGCACUGGCCUCCCUUUCGGUAAUGGCAGAGAAAAGGCGGCAGGAUGAGCCGAUGGAAGAAGAGCCCAUGAACCAGUGAAGGCUUGCUUCAUCCUUCUACAGGAACACAGCUUCCUUCGUGGCUUCUUACUCAUAUCACAGCCCAGGCUCCUGCCUGCCAUGCAGCCCACGUUCCCCUGGAAAGCAGACUAAAAGUUCAGGCAGAGGCUCUGUAGAAAGGGCCUGUGGCAGGUCGUCAGGAUUAAUUGGUGACUCUGGGAGCUGCCUCAUUUGGAACUCCACAGGGCAAGCGGUGGUCCCAAACCUGAAGUCCUCUCUGGAAUCAUCUUGGGUUGAAAAUCUGACAUCACAAAGGGUUCCCAGUGAGACACAGGGGGCUAGAUGCAGAACUUGAGAGUUUGCUCUGACGUUGGGGUGGUGCCUUUUCCCCUCCAGAACCAAAGACUCCCCCCUGCCAACCACUGCUUGGAAAGAGCCUGCUGAGGAGGAGCCAAGAUGCUAUUUCCCUUUCUAUUCCUAAGCAAGACUUUGCUACCUUAUACCAGGAUGCCCCAUCAUCAUGGGAGCUGGGUUUUGCAAGGGGAAAAUUUUCAGAAGAAGACAUUUGGGUGUCAAACAGCUCCCGCUAACCACUGUCCCAAACCUACCCUUUUUGUCUAGGACUUCCCUAAGUUGCACUAUAUACAGAUGAUACAGACACACACUUUGUCUACCUUCCAUAGAACUUUGUGGGGAGCAAUUGCACCUCCUUGUGGACUCAGAGCCUUUGGACCACUGUUUAACCAUCAUCAAGGCGCUAUGUAAAUACACAACCCUACUAUGGUGCUUGCAGCUGGUUGGUUUCUCCCUGAUCCGUGAAAACAAGCAGCCUUAUUCCAAAAAGCAAAUUUGGGGUGGGGGUGGAAUGGAAAACGUGAGUGAGGAAUUUUGUCCUCUGUUAUCCCAACCAAUAUGCAGACUUUGGAUUCUUGUAAAUCUAAUUUGUUUGGGAUUUUUUUUCCAUGUUCCUUUUGUUUGUUUGAAAGACAGGCUUCUAGUCCUUAUGUUUUAAAA